CUCUGUUGCACCCUCCAACAUUAAAGGAGUCCAUAACCAAUUUAGUUGUUAAUUCUGAAAUGAAGGCUGUCCAAGCAGCAGAAAAAUUGGCAAAUAGUACCUCCGUUGUGGAUAAUCAUGUCCACUUAAAAAAGGGCUGAAACAAGUGGCUUAAGUCAGAACUCUCUGAAAGAACCUAACCUUCAACCGAAAUCAAAGGAAACUCUGUUGCACCCUCCAACAUUAAGGGAGCCCGUAACCAAUUUAGUUGUUAAUUCUGAAAUCAGUAUUUAUAACAGUAGUCGUGAAGGAUCCCAAGAUCUUCCCUACAAGGUUUGCACUGAAGACUCUGAUUUGGAGCAAUUUCUGAAUGCUGGAGCCUUACAGGAUCUACUGUAUUAUUACCUUCAAAAAGAACCCAGUUCCUCAUCACAUAAGCCGGUGGAAGUACACUUGAACUCUGAGCCGCUUGCCCAGCUUUCUGGCCAAUCGGAACAUGAGCUUUCAGUGACUUCUCCUAUGCGCAAGAUCCCUGCCUUAGAAAAGGUAACCGAAAUAAAACAUGAACCACUUGUUAAGCAAACCAUGCCAGUAUUGGAACAGGAAGGCGACAGAUUCCAAUUGCUUGAGAAAAAUACAAAUUCUUCAGUUCGGCCAGAUGGGGCUCCGAGGAAAAGGAGAAUUUCAGAAACUAAUGAAGGCAUCUUUUCCAAAUGCAUCAAGAAAUCCGAUGAAGCCAGAAAGGUUGGCGACAAAAGCUCUGAGAAAAGACAUAUUGCAUUGGAACAGGUCAAAUGCUUCAUUCAAAGUCAGCUGGACAAGUCAGUGAAAACCUUGGAUCACAGACUCGAACUUCUAAAGCAAAGAAUCGACAACACGCAGUGCCUCCGGAAGCAUGAAGCGAUAGCUAUUAAAAUUGUAAAGAAAAUCUCUAGGCUUGACAGACGCAUUGAUGCUGUAAUAACAAGCCAGAAGAGAGAAUCAUCUAGAAAAGCCCUCCCUACAAGACCACCUUUGCAAAUUGAAAUAAUAAAUUGCCCCAGCCCUCAGCAUGGCAAUGCAAACAGCAUGCCAGCACCGUCAAAAGAGAAGCCAUCCAAUCUUAACAAAGCUAUCCCUAAAAACACAGAAAGCUCCGAAGACAUUAUAUGCCUUUCUGGGGGAAAAGAAAGCUCAGACGUGGGAACAGUGAAUCCUACAGGUGUUCAGCAGAAAGAAACUUCUGUAAAUGCCUCUACUUCAGCUGAAACUCCAUGCAGCUCUAAGGACCCAUUAUUUAUUGAUUUGACUGAUGAUGGAGAUGACAGCAACAAAGAUGGGACACCUUCUUCUUCCCAAGAUUGUGCUACUAAGAAAACCGAUUCACCCGUAGAAAGCCUGGUCCUAAAUCAUCCUCAGCCUGUGCUGCAAACAUCAAAUGAGGUCCCUGAAGCGUUUCGGCACCUCCCUCCGUUACCGCAGGUUGAGCAGCAGCUGGAGAGCCUGUCCAGAUUCAGAUAUACCCGUCCACCUCAAAAGCUGCACCUCACUGUGGUUCAGGUGGAGAAGCCCAAAGGCUUUGGCCUGCGGUGGGAGGUCAGAAAGGUGGAACCAUGGUGUGCUCCUCUAGACAGCUUCCACUUGUUCGUUUGCCUGGAGCUCGUCGGUAAAGGUGCGCCGACCAGCUGGCUUAGGGUGCGGGAAAUUAAGGCCAUGCCUCUCCCCAUGGGUUGCUCGUUAGCCCAGAUUGCUGAUUGCUCCAAGUGUUACUUUACCAUCCAGUCAAAGGACAUUUAUGGACGUUAUGGACCCUUUAGUGACAUUCAUGCCAUUUCGAUGACGUAGCUCCUGUGAGGGGGGAUCUAGGCUCCUACAGGACGUCUACUUUAUGUGUCCCUCUUCUCUCUAUGCUGCCUAUGGCUGGCGCCAGUUUCAGGAUUACAGUUACCGUAAGGUUUGACACCUCACUUCUGAGACUUCCCGUUGACCUCUUGCCUUUCUGCGAGGGGCGCCCUUAACAUUUUAGAUUUUGGAGGGGAGAGAGAAAGGGACCUUUGGCUUUGCUGCUGCUGUUACACUACAACUCCCAUCAUCCUGGCCUGUUCACCAUACUGGCUGGGGCUGAUGGGACUUGUAGUUCAACAGCAUCUGGACUGCUUCGGCCCCUUUCCCCUGUUACAGUUCCUAUAAGCUCAGACCACCAAAACGGUCUCCCUUGCAGGCGUGCCGGGUAGUGGGGGCUGAGGAGUCUUCAGCUUCCCCCCCCCCAAAAAAAAUCAAGGAGUCUUCAGCCCCCCAAAACCCUGUGGUCCGCUCCCCCUCCUCGCCCGAUAUUGCGUGGAUAGGAGGCGGAGCGUGGGUCCUGGGGGCUGCGCUCUGCCUCUUCCUGCCCAAUGCUGUGUAGGGAGAAGGCAGCCAUUUGAGCGCUGGCAUCACAGCAGCGGGGGCGGGACUCCAGUGUGUCCCGGCCCGGCACGCUAUUUGGGAGCGGACGCGCCAUGUGAUGCGCCCCCCCCCCCAAUGUGGGGGGCAGGUUGACGCCCCUGCUCCCUUCAAUGUAUUUUCACAUAUCUUGGCAGAAAGAGAUUCAUAAUUGCACCCAUAAUGUCCUCAUCUAUGGCCUCUUCCAGGUCUCUCUCCCACGUCACCUUUAGUGUGCCUUUAGCAGACGUGGAAGUUGGUUCCUUUUGCUUUAUAAAUUAGAAACUUGGCCUUGCCUGAAGGGCAGGUUUCAAAAGCCAUUUGUGAUGCUCCAAAGCCACAUGCACUACAAAGAAGGCAAAAAUACCCCCCUCCCAAUUUUGCAGCUCGCAGACCUACUACAGCUCAGUUAGGGUCACCAGUUCCUCCUCUGAACUUCUAGAUGUGGAAAACUCUCCAGCCAUAUCUGAUCUGCAUUCCUGGUGGCUUUUUAAAAAAAAUCAAAUUAUACCUGUAGUGUAUAAGCCCUGCUGGUCGCCAGAGCUAAAAUUCAUGGUCACCGGUGGCAACUUUCCUCGUGGGACCCUGUCACAAAGAAAGCCGGUAUCUUUGUCACCUGAUUCAUGUUAACUGAUUCAUCCAGUUAAACCUCUAGCUGCUUAGUGCACAUAUUAUUUUUUGCUUUUUUUAGUCAUGGGGAAAGAAGGCAAAGCAAUUAAAGCCUUUGAACACUUGAAAUUCUGAAGACGCACAAAGCGGCAUGCCUUCUACCUCCGAGUAUCCAGUCAGGCGCUGCUUUCAAGCCUGUCUUCCCAGUCCUUCGGGCUAGAAGGCUGCUUGAGAACGAAGUGAAAGUUGCUAGUCUCAGAACGCUUGGUUGAACUCAGCAGGCGUUUGUGUGCCUAGGUGGUCCAAUCCCGCCCACUCCUACCUCUUCUUCAUCUUAAUGUCUAGCAUCUCUUUUAAAAAGCUGGGCUUCCCUUCAGCGUUUAGGCAGAUGCUGUCAAGAAACCAAACUGCAACACGGUAUCGGCACAAUACUGGUUGUAACUUUUAUUUCUGUGUACACAGAUGGUAUAUAAAAUACAAAACAACAGAGGCACAGUCGGUAGAGCUAAGCUAGCAGUCUUGACGAUCACUGUCCUCCGCCAAGCAUUUUUGGAUUUCUCAAUUUCUCCCCCAACCCCAGAACUUGAAAAAUGGUAGUACUAACGUACAAAGGAGUGCCUAUUAUUCCCAGGCGAGUUGCAAAGGCAAUAAUAGCAUUGUCAGAAUUGGGUUUUUUUGUAUUCUCUGGUUAUAUAUUGAUUUGCAAUUCAAAUUUCUAUUAAAGUGGUCAGAAA